AUGAAAGGAAAAUCGAAGGAUUAAUUAUCAGCAAAUAUAGAACAUAUUGCUUAAAUGAAACAGUAAAAUCAAACUUUGCAAGAAGAGUUAUAAUAAGAUGGAAAAAAUAACGAUUUUGAGAAAAUGAAUACUUUGCAGGAUGAAUGUGCAUAAUAUGCCAAAAAAAUAGAAGUUGAAAGUAAGAAAUAGAGAGAUUUAGAACAGUUAAUUCAGAAUGCUGAAUAACAGUUGCAAGAUCAUAGAAAAAAAAUGAGUAAUUCAGAUGGAAUAUAGUUACCUAGUUUAAUUAAGAAAUAAAAAACUUUAGAAAGUUAAUUAGAACAAAUUAAACUGAAGCAUAAUGAAUCAUUAGCAGAAAUCAAUCAAUUAAUGGAAUAAAUAAAUACUGCCAGAAGGGAAAGGGUCAUUUAUAGUAAUGUUUUUAAGAAACUUGAGAGUGAUAUUAGAGCAAAAGAAGAAGAAUUUAAAAAAUAAUUAUUGAUUAGAAAGCAAAUAGAACAUGAAUUAAACCAGUGUUAGGAGUAAUUUGAUAAAAUGAAAGAAUAAGCUACUCAAGUUGUAGAUUCUAAUAAAUAAGAAUAUACUUAAAUAUUAAAAACCAAUAGAUUAGAUGAAACAGUAGAAUAAUCACCAAAAAAUUAAUAAUAAUAAUAAUAAUAGCAGCAAUAAGCAAAGCAAGAGAGUAAAUCUUAAUAAAUAAAAGAAUCCUAAUAACCUAAAUAAUAGAUAUAAAUGCAGAAGGAUGUUGAAGAUGUAACGAAUUAUGAAUUGAUGUUUGAGAAACUAAAAAAAGAAACAGGAUUAAAUUCCAUUGAGGAAAUUAUUCAUACAUUUAGAACGAUUGAAGAUACAAAUAAUGAAUUGUUUAAGUAAGCAAACGUUUUGAGUGAUUAGAUUGAUUCUGAAGAAAUGUAAAUUGAAGUACUUCAGAAAUCAAUUUCAUAAUAUACUAAAAACCAAUAGAAGGAAGAUAAUGAAUUUGAAGAUGAAAAAUUUAAAUUUGCUUAAUAAUUAGAGAGAAGUGAGAAAUUGGAUAAAGAUAUUUAAUAAGCUGAAAACGAAAUCAAAGAAUAUGAGAGAGAACUAUUGGAGAUAGCAAAUAAGUUAUAAAUCAAAUAUGAUCCAAAUUCAGAGGUUACUUUAAUGUAAUUAGUUGAAUAAAGAGCUUAUGAACUUGUUGAUUUAUGUAGAUACUAUGAUAAUCAUAAUUACACUAUUGAUUCAAAGAAAAACGAUCAAGAGAGUACAGUUUCUAAUUAGGAUGAUUAAACUAUGAAAGAUUUACUGGAUGGAGUUGAGAAUGAGAAGGAGGCUGAAAAGAUUAUGAGCAAAGAUGAUUUUAAGAAGAUUGGAUCAUAAGAAUUAUAAUAGUUUUAGAAGAAGAACAUAAGUAAGAAAAAGAGAGAAUGA